AUGGCAGCGCCGGCGAGCGACAGCGGCGGCGGCGGCUGCGGCGAUCGGAGCCCAACCAGCGGCCCCGGGAGCUCGACCGGAGCCGGGGGCGCCGCGGCGCGAGCCCGGGACGGCGGGGACUCGGGAGCCCGGAGCGCCGCGGUGACGGUCCCCGUCCUCCCUCCGCUCGAGGACUACGAGUGCAAAAUCUGCUACAACUACUUCGACGCAGACCGGCGCGCGCCCAAGCUGCUGGCGUGCCUGCACACCUUCUGCCAGGAGUGCCUGAGCCAGCUGCAGCUCCGCGCCGCAGCCGCCGCCGCCGCGCCUGAGCGCACGCCGCGCCCGCCGCCCUGGCACGGCCCGCCCGGCGCCAUCGCCUGCCCCGUGUGCCGCCACCGCACGCCGCUGCCCGACAGCCGCGUGCACGGCCUGCCCAACAACACCAAGCUCGCCGAGGCCUUCCCGCUGGCCCUCCGCGCCGCACACGACCCGCUGCCCCAGGACCGUCUCCCGCCGCUGCCCGCGCGCCGCCCAGCGCCCACUUCGGCCCCGUCGGCCGCCGCGGCCCCGGCCCCGCCGCCGCCGCCGUCCUCCGAGGACGCGGCCGGAGGACCACACGCCCGCGCCGGCCUGCGCGCGCCGGGCAACUACGAGAGCUGCCAGAACUGCAAGCGCGCCGCGCUCACCGCCGGCUGCGUGUGCGUCGUCUUUUCCUUCCUCUCCAUGGUGGUGCUGCUCUUCACCGGCCUCAUCUUCGUCAACCACUACGGCGGCGGCGGCGGCGGGGCCCCCCCGGGGGGCGGGGCGCCCCCUGGUGCAGCCCCCGCAGCCGGAUCGCCCUCGCCCUCGCCCGUGGGGCCCAUCUGCCUGUCGGUGGCCAGCAUCCUGGCGCUCUUCUCGGUCGUCAUCACUUGGAUCAUCUGCUGGCUCAAGUACCGGCCCGAGGGCGCGGCCCCGGGCUCGGCAGGGGGCGGUGGCGGCCCGAGGGCGCGGGCUGCGGCAGCGGCGAGCAGCGCGCGGAGGAGCGGCACGUAG